AAAAAAAUGUAUACGAAUUUAAGUUGCUUAUGUGAACUGUGAUUCUGUGGAGUUGAAAGUGGCGUAGAAUCUGAAAUCUCCCAUGGAGAUCACAUCAGCUUUCCCGAAACCUCCAUUACAUGCAUAUAUCAACACCUUUGCUUCAAGAACAUGCAUCGGCUCGAUUAAAUGCCUUCUUCAACAACAUACAUCAACUGGACAAAACUCCGCUCGCCUCUCUAACCCGCCCAGUCGAAUUCAAUUACCUCUGCAAAGACCCAAUCGGCACCCACCCAAGAAAACUGAAAUCACAUCCCCCUCAAGCUCCGACAUUUUGCGCUUGAUGGAUAGCCUGGGCGUUCCCCUGACGGCGGACGUGUAUGUUUCUCUCAUCAAAGAAUGCACUGCCGCUCGUGAAGCUUCCAGAGCCGUCGAGCUCUAUGCUCAUAUCGCCAGAAGCGGGGCGAGCCUUAGUUUGGGCGUAGUUAACCGGGUGUUGCUGAUGCUCGUGUCGUGUGGAUGUUUGGACGAUGCGCGCCAGGUGUUCGAUAAAAUGCGGGUUAGGAAUUCUAGGUCUUGGGCCGCGAUGAUUGCGGGUUGUGUUGAGAGCGGCGAGUUUGAACAAUCACUGGAUUUGUUUGUGGAAAUGAAGCGAGAAGACAGCGAUGGAGGUGAGUGGGAUGAUAUCGUGGCUAAUGGGAUGGUGAUUUGCGCUCUGAAGGCUUGUGUAGGAACGAUGAACUUGGAACUUGGGAAGCAGAUACACGGGUGGUCAUUGAAGUUAGGACAUGGCGAAAACGUGGCUUUGAAUAGUUUUCUGAUCAAGUUUUACGGGGAAUUUGGUUGUUUUGAUGAUGCAGAUAAUGUGUUCUACCAAAUGCCAAGCCGAAAUACAGUUGUUUGGACAGCAAAGCUUGUUAAUUCUUCUAACGAGGGGAAGUAUGAGGAGGCUAUAGAUUUGUUCAAGGAGAUGGGGAGAGUGGGAGUGAAGAAGAACAGCUUUACUUUUUCGAGUGUUCUCAAAGCUUCUGGGAAAAUGAGGGACGGGGGAGGCUGUGGUCGUCAGCUUCACGCGAAUGGCAUCAAGCUGGGACUUGAUACUGAUGAUCAUGUGCUGUGUAGCUUGAUUGACAUGUAUGGAAAAUAUGGGUUGGUAAGGGAUGGGAGGACAGUGUUUGACAUGGUUAGUGAUAAAAGAAAUGUUGCCUUGUGGAAUGCAAUGCUUAAUGGUUGCAUAAAACAUGGUUUUUCCGCUGAAGGUAUUAAGAUCAUUAAAGAGAUGAAGAGAGCUGGGUUACGACCUCAUGAAUCUUUUGUAAAUGAAGUGUUGUUGCUUUGUGGGAGCAGUAAACGCCUGGCUGAUGAGAUUGGUAUGUAAGAUUUGGAACUUCUGGUUAGGAGUAUACUUUGCGUUACUAUAUAAAGUUUUGGAUUACAAUUGCAAUGUCCUGAAAAGGUUUGGAACAAAGGAAUGCAAGUAUGGAUAUGUUGGAGGAAAGGUCUCUCUUUAAGCAUAACUCAAGCAAAAAAUUACAAGUCAAUUUACAUGUAAUGUUGCAGAAGAUAAUGGACAGAUUAAACUCAUUUGGGUGUCAGCCGCAGGAUCAAAUUCCCAAAAUUGUCCUAAUUUGAUCAGGUGGAUGUCUAGCCAGAGACUUGGGAUCAGGGUAGUGAUUCUUGGGAUCCAUGAUGGCUUUAUAAAUAAGUUCGUAUGCUUCGGCCAGCGACCUAGCCACCUGUGCACAAGCUUCUGAUCGCAGUCUUGGUACUUGCAUUGGCUCGAAUUCUGGCAGUGUACUCUCGCUUCCCAAAAUGAGCCCAAAGAAUGCUUUCAGACUAUCUGCAACAGUUGGAGGAGCCAUGUCUUCGAUCUCUGCUAGUGGUGGCCCCUCAACUACGUCGCCAGACUCGUCGAUUUCAAAUGACUUGCGGAAAUGAGGCAUCUUAUUUGACAAACCACAUCUUCGAAGGAUGGUAUCAACUUCUUUUUCAACAAGACCACGCAUGUGAUCAUUUAUCAUCAGACCAAGUUUGUUGACAUACUCAGAUGCAACUUCAUGUCCGAACAAUGGUUGUUGGAUGGCACACAAGCAGUUGAUGAGGAAAAUUUUGGCUGGUGUUUCACUCUGCACAAACAGAAUGAUAGAUCCUUACUAUUAUGAGGCAAAGUACACAGACUUGCACACACACAAGUGACACAACAGCUGAAAAAUGUGUGAUAACCAAUGAAAAUCAUAUUUAUCACUUAUCAGAUUAGCAUUCAUAGCAGCUGAAUGUUAAAUUAUAAGUGUUUUCAUCCAGUUUCACGGAUUACAAUGUUGUUACUGAUCAGUAUCCUAGCCAUUUUGGUAGAGAGUAUUAUUUAACCUUGAAA